AUGUGACCUAAGAAUAGAAAAAUAUAACAUAGUGCCAAAAUCUUUAUCGAUCUUAUCAAUUCUUGAAAGCAAAGUUGUAUACAAUGGCCAACAAUCCCACCACCCAAAAAAGCCAAGUGGCGGUGGUGAUGGUGCCGCUUCCGGCGCAAGGCCACCUCAACCAGCUCCUCCACCUCUCCCGCCGCAUCUCCGCCUACAACAUCCCCGUCUACUACGUCGGCGCAGCCACCCACAUCCGCCAGGUCAAGCUCCGCCGCCACCUCGCCGCCGACGAAGACAUGUACAUACAUUUCCACGAAUUCCCAACACCCCAUUUCGAAAACCCGCCACCCGACCCGAAUUCGCCCCACAAGUUCCCCUCCCAGAUUAUCCCGUCGCUAAAAGCGUCGACCCAUCUCCGGCAACCCAUCUCCUCAUUCGUCGGCGCGCUCUCGACAAAUUUCAGAAGGGUGGUCGUCGUCUUCGACUCUCUAAUGGCGUACGUUGUCCAGGACAUAUCCAACGCCGACUGCUACACUUUCCGCAGCAUCUCCGCCGUCGCCGUCGCCUCGUGGGAAGCCAACGCCGCCGCAGACGAAAAUUGCCCGACGGAAGCCCGCAACAUCCUGGAACAAACCCCCUCCAUGAAAGGUCACUACCCACCAGAAUUUCAAGAAUUCCUCAACCUGCAAACAAGUUCAAAAAAAGUUUCCGGUGGGGAGAUUUACAAUUCAUGCCGAGAAAUCGAAGGCCCGUACCUCGAUUUACUCGCCAGAAGAAAGAUUAAUAACGACAAAGAAGAAGAAGAAGAAGAUCAAAAGAUAUGGGCUUUAGGCCCGUUUAAUCCUCUCUCAUCACUCCCCUCCUCAAACCCUAAUAAUAAAUGUCUGAGUUGGCUCGACAAACACGGCCCGAACUCAGUGAUUCUCGUCUCGUUCGGAACAACGACGUCGUUCUCGAACAAGCAAAUCGAAGAGAUUGCAUUAGGGCUCGAGAGAAGCGAGCAGAAAUUCAUAUGGGUGCUUCGAGAAGCAGAUAAAGGUGACAUCUUUACUACUACAAAAGAAAUCAAGAAAUUUACAGAACUGCCACUCCCCGAGGGUUUCGAAGAGAGAGUGAAGGAGAGAGGGCUUGUUCUGGUGAAUGAGUGGGCCCCGCAGCUGGAGAUACUUGGACACGUGUCGACGGGUGGGUUUCUGAGCCACUGCGGGUGGAAUUCUUGCUUGGAGGGAAUUAGUAUGGGGGUGCCGAUGGCUACUUGGCCGCUGCAUUCCGAUCAGCCGGCGAACGCUGCGCUGGUGACGAAGGGUUUGAAGAUUGGUGUGGAGGCGAAGAAAUGGUGUGUGGAGGAAGGGGAAGUGGUGACGUCAGCGGAUGUGGUUGAAGAGGUUGUAAGGAAAUUGAUGGUGUCGGAGGAGGGUGGUUUGAUGAGGAAGAGGGCGGCGGAGUUGGGCGGUGCUGUGAGGGAUUCUUGGAUGGAAGGUGGUGCUGCCAGGGAGGAGAUGGAGGCGUUUAUCUCUCACAUCACUAGAUAAAAAAAAAAAUUAAUCUUUUUUUUGGGUUUUAAUUAAUUUGUUUGAAGUUUGAUUGAAUUGUAUAGUUGAGGAUAAAUUGUGUAUUUUUUGUGAGCUGAUAUGGAUUGUGUUGUAAAUUAUGUUUUAUGUUUGACUGGUCUUUAAGCUUUGUUCAUUUGCUAGCUAGC